GUUCAAAUACUCUUAUCCAAAAAGAAAGGCAAGAAGAAGAAGAAAAAAUUAUGCAAGUAGAAGAGGACGAUUUUACAGAAAAACUAGAAAUAGAAAAAGCAGAAAAGGUUAAUUGUAACUUUACAAAUGCACUUGUAGCAGUUUCUAGUUAG